AUGCACACCACGUCUGAAAACCCCGUAGCAAGAGUCAUCUGGGAGGGAUCGAUCCCCAUCCAAUUCAUCUGGGAUCCAACAGAGACACAAGGACGCAUUCUGGAACCGUACUUUGUUGAAGUACCGCGCUGUUCAUACCUUUCCCUCAUCACCAACCAGAUCCGUCGAGACUUUGCCGCCAAACGACUUGGCUUCACAUCGGACGAAGGCGAAAUGUGGUUCGACUACCAAGGCAUCCCUCUGAAAUGGCAUUAUCCGAUCGGUUUAUUAUUCGACAUCCAUGUACUACAGGCAACAUCGAUGAAUAAGGAGACCGAGCUCCCUCUACCAUGGAGAGUAACAGUACACAGUCAAAACUUUCCAGGCGAGAAGUUGAUCAAGAAUCCAACCUUGAAGAGCUGCCAGGACUACUUCAUGUCCAUGAUCAAGGAGGCUGAUUAUAUCCGCAAUGGAUCGACCAAGAAAGUGAUGAACAUGUCCAAGUCUGACCAGACACAGCUCUGGGAGGGACUCUGGUCAAAGAGUUAUGAUCAGUUCUGGGGGAUGAACCAGAGGCUAGUGUCGAACGACGGGACGAUGGCCAGGAACCUCCCCGUCAGGAUCUACUUGCCCGAGAACUGCCCUGUCAUCCAAGACCUUGUGUCUCCACUAGAUGAGCAUGGUCAACCGAGAACACUGCGUCACAUCCUUCACGCAGCAGUGCCAGACUUGUUCCCUCUUGUUGUUGUUGAUGCAGGAUUGAGUUCUCCUGUUGCGAGUGUGCUUAUCCAUGGAGUCAGACCUAGUUUGGAGACAGACGCGAUCUGGGCAGCACAGACGAUGGCCUACCCCGACAACUUCCUCCACCUCGUCGUUGUUCUUGAAUAA